AACCCGGUGCUUUCGGAGCUGUUCCAGAGCCGCGCGACGUCCCUGUCUUGGAGCUUCGUGUCCCGCACCACUGCUAGCAGUCCAGCCACGCGUACCGGCACAUUCACGCCUUUCCCUUGAGACGGCGGAUGCCGGGCGACUAGGGGGGCAACUUGCCAUUUCCUUUUUUUAUUAAGAUUAUUUUUCCUUCGUAUCUUUGGGGUCUUUUGUUAUUUUCUUUCUCCCCAAACGAUUUUUGUUUAAGAAAAACCCACCGAAAGCGUUUCCGGGAAUCAGGAGCGGAGACCACCGAGGCAGCUGCGCGGGCCGGUGCACCGCCAAGGACAAAAGGAGCCCAGUGUUACUCGAAGCAUCCGAUUCCUCCCGGUGCCCAGCAUGAAGAAAGCCGAAAUGGGAAGGUUCAAUAUUUCCCCGGAUGAGGACAGCAGCAGUUACAGUUCCAACAGCGACUUCAACUACUCCUACCCCACCAAGCAAGCUGCUCUGAAAAGCCAUUAUGCAGAUGUAGACCCUGAAAACCAGAACUUUUUACUUGAAUCGAAUUUGGGGAAAAAGAAGUAUGAAACAGACUUUCAUCCAGGUACUACUUCCUUUGGAAUGUCAGUAUUUAAUCUGAGCAAUGCGAUUGUGGGCAGUGGAAUCCUUGGGCUUUCUUAUGCCAUGGCUAAUACUGGAAUUGCUCUUUUUAUAAUCCUCUUGACAUUUGUGUCAAUAUUUUCUCUGUAUUCUGUUCAUCUCCUUUUGAAGACUGCCAAUGAAGGAGGGUCUUUAUUAUAUGAACAAUUGGGACAUAAGGCAUUUGGAUUGGUUGGAAAGCUUGCAGCUUCUGGAUCGAUUACAAUGCAGAAUAUUGGAGCUAUGUCAAGCUACCUCUUCAUAGUGAAAUAUGAGUUACCUUUGGUGAUCCAGGCAUUAAUGAACAUUGAAGAUACAACUGGAUUGUGGUAUUUGAACGGUGACUAUUUGGUUCUGCUGGUGUCAUUGGUGCUCAUUCUCCCUUUGUCACUGCUGAGAAAUUUAGGAUAUUUGGGAUAUACCAGUGGCCUUUCCUUGUUGUGUAUGAUGUUCUUUCUGAUAGUGGUGAUUUGCAAGAAGUUUGAUAUUGCUUGUCCUUUGGAAGUUACUUUGAUAGUGAAUGAAACAAUGAACAGCACCUUCACACAGCCAAUAGCUUUUGAAACUGACAUGGCAUUUAACACGACUGAUGAUGCCUGCAGACCACAUUAUUUUAUCUUCAACUCACAGACCGUCUAUGCUGUGCCAAUUCUGACCUUUUCAUUUGUCUGUCAUCCUGCUAUUCUUCCCAUUUACGAAGAGCUGAAAGACCGCAGCCGUAGAAGAAUGAUGAACGUGUCCAAGAUUUCAUUUUUUGCUAUGUUUCUCAUGUACCUGCUUGCUGCCCUCUUUGGAUACCUGACAUUCUAUGAACAUGUUGAGUCCGAACUGCUUCAUACCUAUUCCAGUGUUUUGGGAACUGAUGUUCUUCUCCUCGUUGUCCGAUUGGCUGUUUUGAUGGCUGUCACCCUCACGGUACCAGUCGUUAUUUUCCCGAUCCGGGGUUCCAUAACUCACUUGUUGUGCCCAACAAAAGAUUUCAGUUGGUGGCGUCAUAGCCUCAUUACAGUGUCCAUCUUGGCAUUCACCAAUUUGCUUGUCAUCUUUGUCCCAACUAUUAGAGAUAUCUUUGGUUUCAUUGGCGCAUCUGCAGCUGCUAUGUUGAUUUUUAUUCUUCCAUCGGCCUUCUAUAUCAAGUUAGUUAAGAAGGAACCUAUGAAAUCUGUACAGAAGAUUGGGGCUAUGUUAUUCCUGUUAAGUGGCGUGGUGGUGAUGACUGGAAGCAUGGCCUUGAUUAUUCUGGAUUGGGUACACAAUGCCCAUGGAGGCGGCCAUUAACUGGGCACCACUAAAACUUCAGCAGUCCAUUUGAUGCCAGUGUUGAGUCAACUCUCAACUAUGAAAUUUCACCUAAUGUUUUUAGUUUCACUUCCUUUUGAAGUGCAGAUUCCUCGCUGGUUCUUCUGAGUGCAGAAUAUGUGAACUCUUUUUUUUGUUGUUUUUUUGUUUUUUUAAAAGAAACUAUUCUGUAUGAUAGAAAUGGACAUUAACAACAAAACCACGAGUCUCGGGUUAACGGAAGUGACAAUUUUAUUCCAUUCCAGAGAAUGGACGAACUCUUAACUUUUAUCAAGCCACAUGUUUGGCUGUGUCAUUGUUUAACUUGGAUAUUUUAUGAUUUUACUUGAAUGUGCCUAAUGGAACCAUUUGAUGUGAGAAACAAUUCUUAAUUUACAGCAAAGUAUUCAAAUAACCAUUGAGAAAAACACUAUUAUUUUUUUGUACCAAAAAUAUUUAAAGACCUCAGAAGCACUAUUUUACUUUUUAAAAAUUGCUUUUUUUGGACAUUGUCCAAAAACAGUUAAUAAAUUCCACAAAAAAAUUUUCAUUGGUGUUUUGAAAACAAAUAUUGGUAUUAUGAAGUGAAUUGCCUUUUUACAGGCAUAAUAAGCCAAAUACUUUUUUUACCCAAAAUGAUUUUUAAACAAAAUGAUGUAAUGAAAAAUUGUACCAUGAAUAGGAGCAUAGUUUUUUCCAUUCAAACGUCACCAUUCAAGGAUGAUUGAUUAUUGCUAUACCAAAUCAGAUGAACUCUGUUCAUCACUUUUCUUCUCUGUCCCCAAAUAAUUUAGUUCACUCAGACUGAGAUAUUUAUGGUUUCGAUCUAUUAGAAUGGAAGAUAAUGCAGAUAUUUCUGUGGAAAAGUAAAAUAACUAAUUUUGAGGUACCAAAUAGUGCAAUUGGGUAAAACAGGGUUUAUUCAGUUGCAUCUGUCUCCAGGGUUGUACUGACAGCUCUGGGUUUUUUGGGCCAGCCCUUUUUUGACAUUGCUCCCAGCAAUGGAAAAUGGGCAUUUGAUGGCUGUAGGCCAAAACUCUUCUAUCCGCAGUACAACUUUUCAGAAUGCUCACCUACUACUGGAAGUGUGAAUUACUUGAUAAUGUAUGGCUUAGUCGUGUUCAUGUUAGUCGUGUUCAUGUCUACAGUAGAGGUCUAAUCCACAGGUUGCGCCGCUAUUUGGUAUAAUAUGAGUUCUCCUCACAUAGGCCACAGGGUUUCUCAUGCAGCAAGUUUUUUUAAAAAAAACCUCCUUUGCACUGGAUUGUCAUCUCAUUCUUGUACAACAUAGAAUUAUUUGUUUACAUCCAACUAAUGGUUAGCUAGGGGAAACAGUGCAACUGGAGUGUAAGUAGUUGGCCCAACUGCAUGCUCGCCCUUCCAUUUCAAUUCCAGGUAGAACUGAAACAAUUUGGCUUUAAGAGCACAUUUUUAUUGUAUGUUACGGUGUAUGGUGAAUAUAUUAUUAAAUAAUGUGGUACUUUGCUCAUCAGGCAUAAUGUCUAAAAAUCUAACAUAAUUCCAUUAGUGGUUGGGGGAAGCAAAUAAUGGAAUCAACAAUUGGUCAUCUGGCUUGAAGAUCUUGAACUAAGCAUUUUUAGUUUUAGACAAGGGCCAGAAAUGUGGCAGACAGGUUUUUGUUACGCAUUCUUGUAUUAUAUGUGACUAGGUUAUAGACAAGAUAUGUCUGUCUAAUUAAAGACCCUUGUGGAACUGGAAGACGUCUUGUAGUGCUACGUUGGGUGAAACCAAUGGUCCAUCUUUGUUUUUCUACGAAAAUUAUUGGGGACCAUCUAGAAAGGCAGUGAGAAGGUGGAUUCUACAGCACUGCUUUCAUUUAACUGGGCUUUUGGCACUCCCUUCAAAUCCAGAACCUCACCUCUAUUUCAAACUAAGAACUGGCACUUCUGCUUGAGUUCCUGAAAGAAUUGCUGAUUUUGUACCUAAGGCCUGUCACGGAGAACCUGACAGUUUCUAUAGUUUACAUCCUUUCAUAUGGGAGGAAAUACCGAGUCAACCAGGAAGGAAUGGAAAAUAGCCUCUCACAGCAAAUCAAUGUGGAGAGGCUCAUCCAAUCCUCUGGCGGUUUGAGGUUCAAAAUCAGCUGCCUAGGGUAAAUUCCAUUGCAUGAUUUUCUUGGAGCUAUAUUGUCUGCCUUGAGGUUCCUAAACAGUGAAUUCCCAUUAAUGAGCAGUCUUCAGUAUUAAAACCACUGUCUUGUCACCUCAUUUUGCAUUACUGUCUUCCGUGGAUGUUUCAGUUAUAACUGUAAUGUUAUUUAUAGAACAGCAUUAAUCCAUUAAAGCUAACCUAUUUUUCAAUAUUUAUGAUAAUCUGUGUACAUACAUUGUCUGUCCAUAUGUAUUUGUAAAUAGGUUGUAUAUAAUUCCAUAGGUCAGGUUUGGGUCUUGGGUUUGAGUGUAUAUAUUCCUGUAAGUUUCUUAACUGCAUUUUGAUGAACUCACACAGUAUAUAUAGAAGAAUUGUCCCAAAAGUACCUGUACAGAGAUUUCAAUAUAGACAACUUGACAAAUUGUGUAAAACACUAAAAUUUUAAAUACUGUUUAAAUUGUACUUGCAAUAAACAGACUAGACUGGUUGAACAUUUCAUUUUUUCAUGAAAACUUGAUGCAAGUUCAGAUUAUUAAAUUUUAAAUAAGGUCUAAAUUUCCAAAAUGCAGUAGUUAAAAUGUGAUCUAAUGAAAUCAAAUGUGAUCUAGUAUAAUGAAAGACCUUUGAGAACCUGCGUGUGUUAACUUCCUGUAUAUAAUGUAAAAAAUCCCUACUGUACUGUUUAUAGGCCAACAAUUCCAGUAUGACUUGUUGGCAAAGAGUGCUACACCGUUUCAAUGAAACAAUGUAUGUUUGUUUUAACUGAACUAAAAUAAAUACAUAAUCCUGG